GUCCUUUAAAUGUACUGUACGUGCGAAGAUGGCAGCUCAAGUGGACUUGCUCCGUGCGAAAGUGGAAGAAGAAGAAGAAAGGCUCAGGGUUAGUCUUGAUAGAUACAUGAAAGAGAAGAAGAAGAAGAAGAAACGGGACCUGUCGCCAUCGGCUGUCAAACGGGAGAGGUGUGAGAAAGAGGCGAAGAAAGUGAAGCUCCAUCACCACCUCCACCACCAGGACGCCGAGCAGCGGGGCCAGCAGCCGCACCAGCUGCACCAGAAACCCAAACCGCACAACUUUAACGCAGACCAACAUGUCCUGCACAAACAUCAGCACAGCCACCACCACCACCACCACCAUCACCACCAUCAUCAUCACGACCUCAUCAACGGUGCGAAAAAGAACCUGCAGCCACCAUUGCCUCCACCUCCUCCUGCAGCGCGGAAGGCGCCGGAGCAGCUGCAGAAGAAGCGAGCGGCUCCCCCCGAGCCACCUGCGCUCUUCACUUUCACACCCCUCAAGAUGCUCAAGGCCAAACCCCAGGAUUUUAAAGAACCGCACCGGGAUAAAGACCCGAAAGUUAAGCCCAGGAAGGAAAACACAGAGACGAAUGUGAAACACGUUGAAGUGAAGAAAAAGAAAGAGCCAAAGCCCAACAAUGAGAACAUAAAGUCACUGACACUGGAGGAAUAUCUCCUGAGGAAGAAGAAGAGGAAGAAGAAGCACAGAGAGGAAGAGCGCGACGCCAAAAAGGUCCGACACACACACAACAAAGCGGUGCAGACAGAUCCAGCCCUGAAGCUUGAAAACAACCAUCGGCACCCUUGCAGGGACCCCGUUGACAACCGCCAACCCUACCUCCACCCUCUCAAACUGGAACACGCCCCCUUCCUCUCCCACCAGGAUCACUACAUCCGCAGCUCCUGUCUCCAGACGGGCACCUACGGGCGCUUCAUGCACGUGGAAAGGCAAGCCAACGGUGGAGGGUCGGUGCUGCACGCCUACGCUGAUGAGUUGGCGUGUCUGAGUCCGGCUCAGAUGGAGUGUUUUGCACAGGAGUUUCUGGAUCUGGCCUUUGCCGAGAGGCCCAGAGGUGCAGCCACCUAUGCCCUGGCAGUGGUUCACAGAGCAGCUGCUUACCUACCGGACUUCCUGGACUACUUUGCCUUCAACUUCCCCAACACACCGGUCAAGAUGGAGAUUAUGGGCAAGAAAGACAUCGAGACCACCACCAUUGCUAACUUUCACUCUCAGGUGAGCCGGACGUACAGUUCAGGAACGUUCCGGUCCGGACCCAUGAGACAGAUCAGCUUGGUUGGAGCCGUGGACGAAGAAGUUGGAGACUAUUUCCCAGAAUUCCUCGACAUGCUCGAGGAGUCACCUUUUCUAAAGAUGACUCUACCAUGGGGAAGCCUCUCCAGUCUAAAGCUGGACUGUCGCUCUCAGAGUGACGAUGGACCCAUCAUGUGGGUGCGACCUGGAGAACAAAUGGUUCCCACUGCUGACAUGCCCAAGUCUCCUUUCAAAAGACGCAGGUCAAUGAACGAGAUAAAAAAUCUGCACUAUCUGCCGCGGGCCAGUGAACCCCGAGAGGUUCUGUUUGAGGACCGGACUAAAGCCCACGCUGACCAUGUGGGACAGAGUUUUGACUGGCAGAGCACGGCUGCUGUAGGAGUCCUGAAGGCAGUGCACUUUGGAGAAUGGAAUAACCGACCUCGGAUUACCAAAGACGUUGUGUGUUUCCAAGCUGGGGAUUUCAAUGAAGUUGUCCAGAUGCUGCAGCUGGAUCUGUAUGAGCCUCCCGUGUCUCAGUGUGUCCAGUGGGUCGAUGAUGCCAAACUCAACCAGCUGAGGCGGGAAGGGAUCCGCUACGUGCGGGUCCAGCUCUGUGACGACGACAUCUACUUCAUACCGAGGAACGUUAUCCACCAGUUUAAGACGGUGUCUGCGGUCUGCAGCCUGGCCUGGCACAUCCGCCUCAAACAGUACCACCCAAAGGAGAACGACAAGGAGGAGGAGCAGCGGCCCAGUGACCUCAGCCCCACCUCGGGCCGAGUCUCUUUUUCUUCCCCCGCCAGGCCCGAUGCUACGGUAACCCCGUGUGCACGACAGCAGGGAGGAAACAUCAGAGGAGGGGUGGCUAAAACUGAAGAACCCGAGUUCCAGAGGCCUGCAACACCUCCAAAGGAGCCUCAGCCAGCCCCUCCACAGCCAACCAAAUCUGCUCACCUGCCUCGAACAUACCAGAGUCCUCACCUUUCUUUGGAACCAAUGCACUCUGGUUGUACGCCAUCAAGAGAGGCCUCUCUUCCUAAUCUCAGCCACACUGCCGAGUUUCCGAAAUGACUUUAAUACACGACCCGAUAUCUCUCUUUCUGUUGGAGGAGUGGAUGUGAAGGAUGUGACUGACCCAGAUUCAGUCAGAAAAGCUUUUCAACUUAAAUUAUUCUACACACGUUUUUAAAUCUUUAAAUGCUGACUGGAAUGUCCCAAGAGUUUUUUUUUUAGCAAAUAUAUACUUGGCUUUAAUGUACAACUUUUCUUUAAUAGCACCUUAAAGGCUUUAUAUGUGAUUUUUCACACUUAGAUAUAAUAGAAAUCAAGUAUAUUCUCUG